GCUAACUUGAGGUAGCAAGAAAAAAACUUGCUAGCAUAGGUCCCGAGAAAAACUCGCCAGAGAUCCAAACACUCAGCUCGCUCCAAUUUUUUGCUUAGCUAGAAGAGGCAAAUCUUGCGGAUCCAAACACACCCUAAACUGCCACCCUUCUGCUCCCCCUCAUCUUCCCCGCCACCUACACCACCGCCGGCUCCACCCUGCAAAUCUUCUACUCCUUUACUGACAGCAGCUGGCGGCCCUCCCGCGCGAGACCUAAGCGACACGACCAUGGAGUUGGCGGUCGGCGCGUCGGAGGCUACCCUCAAAUCCCUCCUGAGCAAGCUCGGCAGCCUCCUCGCGGAGGACUACUCCCUGAUCCGGGGCGUACGCGGCGACAUCCAGUUCAUCAACGACGAGCUCGCCAGCAUGCAGGCCUUCCUCAGCAACCUCAGCCGCAGCGACGAGGGCCACGACGACCAGACGGAGGACUGGAUGAAGCAGGUCCGCGAUGUCGCCUACGACAUAGAAGACUGCAUUGACGACUUCGCCCACAACCUUGACCCCGACCCCCGCGGCAACGACUGGCUGACCGUCAUCCGCAGGACCCUGUACGAGAUCCGGACAUGGUCCACCCGCCGCAGCAUCGCUGCAAAGAUUGGCGAACUGAAGGAACGGGCGCAGCAUGUGGGUGAUCGGCGCGGCAGGUACGGCGUCCCUGACCCAAAGCCCAGCAAGAAGAAGAGUAACUUGGGUGGCGCCACCGGGUAUCUCGCUGCUGAGCAUCAGGAGAUAGCCCGCCAGCUCGUCGGUGUCCAGCAGCCUGUGGGGGUGAAGAAUAUGCCGGAUCUUGAGAAGUGGAUCACUUUUGAUGAGAAGAGGAAGAAGCCCGGCGUGCUGACCAUUGUUGGGUUUGGUGGUGUGGGAAAAACAACCGUUGCAAUGGCGCUAUACCGGAAAUUCGGGCCUCAGUUCCAGCGCCGAGCGAUGGUCACCGUGUCCCAGAACUCGGACCCUGAUGUAGUCCUUUGGAACAUACUAAGUCAGGUCAAGUCGAUGGCCAACAAUGGGGAGCGGCGAGGCGAAGAUAUCACCGGCGCCAUCUCGGAGAAGAAGAUUCCAGUCAUUGGAAGCAUAUUGAGCCGAAUUAGGCUGCCGUCCCGAAAUCAAAAGGAAGAUGGCAGCGCGGGCCAGGACAAGCACAGUCAAAUAAGAACGGAGUUGAAGAGUAACCUGGAAACAACUAGGUACUUACUGUUAAUUGAUGAUGUAUGGUCAUCUUCUACGUGGCAGACUGUCAAGAAUUGUUUUCCAGAAAAUGAUAAGGGAAGCAGAAUAAUUGUCACCACACGAUUUCAAGCUGUCGCCACAACAUGCUCUGCUCGCAAAGACCAUGAUCGUGUCCACCCAGUUGAAGUUCUUUCUGGUGAUGAGCCCAGAAAUUUAUUCUUCAAAACCAUGUCUGAGUGCAGGGGUACUGGAGACAGACAACCAAUUCAGAGCAAGGUGCCAGGCAGAGUUUGGGAAAUGUGCGGCGGCUUGCCAUUAGCCAUAGUUACCAUGUCAGGUCUUGUGGCAUCCAAGCCGCUGAUGAUCCGGGAGGAAUGGAUUACUUUCUGCAAUUCUUUGUUUCCAGAGCCAGAAAGAUGCCGUAAACCAGAGGACUUUAUGAGGAUAAUCAAUUAUUGCUACAAUGACUUGCCUAGUGAUCUCAAGACUUGCUCUUUGUAUCUAAGCAUAUUUCCUAAGGGCCGCAAAGUUAGUAGGAAGCGGCUCAUCAGAAGAUGGAUAGCGGAAGGUUUUGUCAGUGAGAAGCAGGGUUUGAGUAUCGAGGAUGUUGCAGAGACAUGCUUUAAUCAGCUCAUUGAAAGGAAGAUAAUACGGCCUGUAGAGCACAACAUGAAUGGAAGGGUGAAAAGUUGUCAGGUCCAUGACAUGGUACUUGAGUACAUAAUUUCCAAGGCAGCAGAAGAGGAUUUCGUCACUGUGGUUGGUAGCCACUGGUCCAUGCCAACACGUAGCAACAAAGUCCGUAGGCUUUCCCUCCACAGUAGUGACUCCAAAGGUGCAAAUAACGUGGAUCGCAUGAACUUGUCCCAUGUCCGGUCACUGACCGUGUUUGGGAGCUUGGACAAACUACACUUCAAAUCAUUCAAAACCGGAAUAGUACAAGUACUAGACCUCGAAGGCUGCUCGGGGUUUAAGGAAAACCGUGUCAAGGUUUCUGACUUAUGUGAAAUGAUUCUACUCAAAUAUCUGAGCCUCCGAAGAACAGACAUAAAAAAUCUUCCCCAAAAUAUUUCCAAGCUGAAGUACUUGGAGACUCUAGAUAUAAGGGAGACAGAGGUUCAACAGUUGCCUGCAACUGUAGGACUGCUAGAACGAAUAAAUAACAUACUUGGCGGAGAUAAGAGAAGACGGAAAACCCUGAAACUUCCUAAAGAGCUCAAGGGAACAAUGAAAACCUUACGCAUAUUGUCAGGGAUAGAGAUCGUGGAGGGAUCAACAGCUGCAUCAGACCUCCGUUUCUUUACUGCGCUGAGGAAGUUGGCAAUUUACAGGAUCCACAAGAAUGAUGAGAUAUUCAAAGAUUUGCUCUCCUCUAUCCAGUACCUCAGUGGCUAUUCCCUCCAAACUCUUGUAAUUGAUGACGAGUCAUCUGAAUUCCUCAAGACCCUGGACUCCAUGUCGUCCUAUCCAACGGACCUGAGAGCACUUGAGCUAUCUGGCAAAUUGCUCAUACUCCCUAAGUGGCUCAAAAGUCUCGAUGGUAUUGUCAAGUUAACUCUUUCGGCGACAGUUCUCAGGGCAGAUAAUUUGAUGGUCCUUAGCAAGCUAAGUUCAUUGUUCUCUCUCACUUUUUCAAUCAGUGAAAAGCAGGAUCCUGCUAUGGCAGCCAUUCUUGAGAAAAAUAAGUCUUAUUCAGGAGGGGAGAUCUUUGUCCCAGCUGGAGGGUUCAGUAAGCUCAAAUUGCUUCGCAUAUUUGUUCCUCUUCUUCCAUCACUCAACUUUGCAAAGAAGGCGACACCAGUGCUGGAAAGGAUUGAACUUCGUUUCAAAAGGUUGGAAGGUCUACAUGGCAUGGAUGAACUUGGAAUGCUCCAUGAUGUGCUCUUAACAGUUGAUGGCCAGGCAAGUGAGCAGACACAGUUCAUACUGGAGACUUUGAAAAAAGGGAAAAAACAAUCAUCGAAGUAUGCCCUCAUUGUCAACGAGUAUCAUGAUUGAUCGAAAUGCAUGUCAAGCAUGUUGCUCUGUUAGUCGGCAACUACAAACUCAUCUUUUAUGUAACCUGUGUGGCUGUGCACAAAUUAAAGCUGGAUAUUUCACAGUUGUAUUUUUUGGUGGGUUCCUUUUGUUUUUUCGUUCUUUCUUCUUUACGUCAGUUAGAGACUUGGUUUUGUAAGACUACAUUAAAACCUACUCAAAUUGUCCUUGCA